UCGAGUUCAUCUUGAGCAAUUUAGCAAUUUAACGAGAUCAAGACCCUGUCUCAAAAUAAAAAGGUCCAGGGCUCAAUCCCUCCCGAGUACAGGGUCGGGGUGGAUGGGGUGGGUGGGUGACACAUGACUGUGAAAGAUCUCAUUGAAUGAAUUCUAAUUUUCGGGUACAGCCUCCUCCCAACCUUACCCUUUAUCUUUCCUAAAAGAGCACUAGACCCUAUUUUAAUCACAUAGCUGAUGGAAGGAGUAAGGCUGGAAGGCCAAGAGAGAGCAGAACCUAAGUGAUCUGGCAGUUGUCACUGUACUCCUUUUGGUAUCUCCAAACAACUCUUAAUUCUACAGGUUACACCCUUUUUCUCUAGUAUCUCAAAGAGCUGGAGCUUCUGAAUGCAGUUAAAUUGUUUUAGGUGUCCAAUUCAAUUCUCUUUUCUUGAAACUUAAACGUCUGCCUGAGCUCAGAAGAUAAAGGCCUGAAGGAGGCAGGAUGUUGGUCUUCCCUGUAGAGGUAAGUGACCGGUAAACCGAGAACGCAGCCCUGGCUGGGAAAAGGGGCCAACCCGCGCCCCCUAGAGGCCUUUGCGUCCAGAAGAGCAGGCCCGCGGCUGUGUCACGUGACGGGGCAUUGCGGCAGAUAAACUACAACUCCCAGCGUGCCACGCGACCCGCCGGCGUUACGCACUCUCGCUGAUUGGCCGCUAGCGAUAUUUGAAAGGAGGAGCUGGCGCGGAAAACGAUUACCCUUUGGGACCUGGUGGAGUACUCUUUCUGGAGGGAAACUUUGGCUGGACCUGGGAAGGAAGCAGGUUUUCGGAGGGGACUGCUCUCUGCGCUAUGAGGAACUUCAAAGGAGUCAAUUUUGGAACCCUACUUAGCAGCCAGAAGGAUGCUGAAGAGUUGCUGUCUGACUUGAAGGAGUUCCUGUCCAAGUCUCCAGCUGGUUUUCCCCGAUCUGACACUGAGAGGAGACAAACUUGUGAUGCCAUCCUGAGGGCUUGCAACCAGCAGCUCACAGCCAGGCUGUCUUGCCCUGGGCACCUGGGGAGCCUCCUGGAGCUUGCAGAGCUGGCCUGCGAUGGCUACGUGGAGUCCACUCCCCAGCGUCCUCCCCUCUACCUGGAACGAAUUCUCUUCAUCUUACUGCGGAAUGUUGCUGCUGCUCAGGAAAGCCCAGAGGCCAUGCUCCACCUUGCCCAGCCUCUCCAUGCCUGCUUUAUGCAGUGUUCUCACCAAGCUGCUUCGCAGGACUAUGAGGCCGUGGCUCGGGGCAGCUUUUCUCUGCUUUGGAAGGGAGCAGAAGCACUGUUGGAACGGAGAGCUGCAUUCUCAGCUCGGAUGAAGGCCUUGAGCUUCCUAGUCCUCCUGGAGGAUGCAAGUACCCCUUGUGAGGUUCCUCACUUUGCUUCUCCAACAGCCUGUCGAGUGGUAGCUGCCUAUCAGCUAUUUGAUGCCAGUGGGCGUGGUAUAGACAAAACAGAUGCUGAUUUCCUAGAUGACUUGCUCUCCAGGCAUGUGAUCAGAGCCUUGGUGGGUGAGGGAGGUGGCUCUCCUACUCCUCUUUCUUCCCAGAGGGCCCUCUGCCUCUUGGAGCUCACUUUAGAACACUGCCGUCGCCUCUGCUGGAGCCACCACUAUGACAAGGCCACCAGUGCAGUGGAGAAGGCUCAUGGUUACCUAAGGGACACCAGUGUAGCCCCCAGCCUCCAGCUAUGCCAGUUGGGGGUUGAGCUGCUACAAACUGGGGAGGAAGGAUUCCAGGCAGUGACCCAGCUUCUCAUCAAGGCAUCAGCUAUCUUGAACAACAGUAUGAAGGCAUCAUCACCCCCACUUCGGACGUUGUAUGACACCUGCCAGUUCCUCCUUUCAGGCCUGGAACGAGGUGUCAAGAGACACUAUGGACCUGAUGCUGUUGGGAGCCUCUUUGCUUUUCUUGAAGGAUACUGCUGUCUUAUCCAGCAGCUACGGGAUGAUUAUGCCUGUACAGAUUCUUCUAAGCAGCAGCAGUCUUUGGUGCACAUGUACUUUCAGGGUCUUCACCUCUACACAGUGAUGGUUUAUGACUUUGCCCAAGGUUGUCAGGUACCUGAUUUGGCUGACCUGGCCCAGCUAGUAGAGAGUUGCAGAUCUACUGUUCUCUGGAUGCUGAAGGCCUUGGAGGGCCUGUCAGGCCAAGAGCUGACGGACUACAUGGCCAUGACUGCCUCUUAUACCAGUAACUUGGCCUACAGCUUCUAUAGUCACAAGCUCUAUGCUGAAGCCUGUGCCAUCUCCGAGCCGCUCUGUCAGCAGCUGGGCUUGGCCAAGCCAGGCACUUACCCUGAGGUGCCUCCUGAGAAAUUGCACAGGUGCUUCCGGCUGCAUGUAGAGAGUUUGAAGAAACUGGGUAAACAGGCGCAGGGCUGUGAGAUGGUGACCUUAUGGCUGGCGGCCCUGCAGCCCUGCAGUCCCGAACACAUGGCUGAGCCAGUCACUUUCUGGGUUCGGGUCAAGAUGGAUGCAACCAGGGCUGGAGACAAAGAGCUACAGCUGAAGACUCUGCGAGAUGGCCUGAGUGGCUGGGACCCAGAGACCCUGGUCUUCCUGCUGAGGGAGGAGCUGCAGGCCUACAAGGCGGUGCGGGCUGACACUGGGCAGGAGCGCUUCAAUGUCAUCUGUGACCUGCUGGAGCUGAGUCCUGAGGAGACACCGGCCGGGGCCUGGGCCCGAGCCACCCACCUGGUAGAACUGGCUCAGGUGCUCUGCUACCACGACUUUGCCCAGCAGACAGACUGCUCUGCCCUGGAUGCUAUCCAGGAAGCCCUGCAGCUUCUGGAGGCUGUUAAGCCAGAGGCUCAGACCAAGAAUCAGCUUCUGGAUGAUAAAGCACAGGCACUGCUAUGGCUCUAUAUCUGUACCUUGGAGGCCAAAAUGCGGGAAGGUAUUGAGCAGGACCGGAGAGCCCAGGCUCCUAGUAACCUGGAGGAAUUUGAAGUCAAUGAUCUCAACUAUGAAGAUAAACUCCAGGAAGAUCGUUUUCUAUAUAGUAACAUUGCCUUUAACCUGGCUGCAGAUGCAGCUCAGUCCAAAUCCCUGGACCAAGCCCUGGCUCUGUGGAAGGAGGUCCUUACAGAGGGGCAGACCCCAGCUGUCCGAUGUCUCCAACAGACAGUAGCCUCGCUGCAGAUCCUUGUGGCCCUCUAUCAGCUGGUGGCAAAGCCCCUGCAGGCCCUGGAGGCCCUCCUGCUCCUGCGGAUUGUCUCUGAGAGACUGAAGGACCACUUGAAAGCAGCCAGCUCCUCUUGCCACCUCACCCAGGUCCUCCUGAGUCUCGGCUGUCCCAGCUAUGCCCAGUUCUACCUGGAAGAAGCCGAAUCAAGCCUGAUGCAUCUCAAUGAGACCACGGACACGCACCUGCUGCUUUCCCUCACCUGUCACCUGCUUCGAAGUCAGCUCUGUUGGACUCAGCAGAAGACGACUGAGGGUGUCUCUCUGUUGCUGACUGUCCUUCGGGAUUCUGCCCUCCAGAAGACAUCCAAGGCUUGGUACUUGCUACGAGUCCAGGCCCUGCAGCUGCUGUCCGUCUACCUUAGCCUCUCAUCAAACAGCCUCUCAGAUGCCCUGCGGGAGCAGCUCUGGGCCCAAGGCUGGCAGACACCUGAGACAGCACUCAUAGAUUCCCACAAGCUCCUCCGAAGCAUCAUCCUUCUACUGAUGGGCAGUGAUGUCCUCUCCCUUCAGAAAGCAGUUGUGGAGACGCCGUUUUUGGACUGUGGAGAAAAUCUGGUACAAAAAUGGCAGGUUCUUUCAGAGGUUCUGAGCUGCUCGGAGAAGCUGGUCUACUGCCUCAGCCGCCUAGGGAGUGCAAGUGAAGCCAAGGCUUUUUGCUUGGAGGCCCUGAAACUUACAAUGAAGCUGCAGCUCCCACGCCAGUGUGCCCUGUUCCUGGUGCUGAAGAGUGAGCUGGAGCUGGCCCGCAGUGACAUUGACCUCUGCCAUUCGGACCUGCAGCAGGUUCUGUUCCUGCUCGAAUCUUGCACAGAGUUUGGGAGGGUGGCCCCACACCCAGAUGCUGUGAAGAAGAUCCAACUGCAGAAGGGAAAGCAGCAGGCCCAGGUCCCCCGGCCCCCACAGCUCCUGGAGGAGGAGUCUUUCCUAAGAGGCCCUGCUCUGGAGCUGGUGGCCACUGUGGCCAAGGAGCCUGGCCCCAUCGCAACUUCGACAAACUCCUCCCCAGUCCUGAAGACUAAGCCUCUGCCCCACCCCGGCUUCCUGUCUCACUCGCCCAUGUGUGACUGCUCGCUCUGUGCCAGCCCUGUCCUUUCUGCAAUCUGUCUGCGCUGGGUGUUGGUCACAGCAGGGCUUAGGCUGGCCACAGGCCAUCAGGCCCAGGGUCUAGAGCUGCUGCAGGUCGUUCUGAAGGGUUGCCCUGCGGCUACCAAGCGCCUCACCCAAACUCUCCAGGCUUCCCUGAGUCACAAAGCACCCACCUCCCCUGUCCCGAGCCUUCUGGAUGAGCUCCUGGCUCAGGUGUACACACAGCUGGCACUGGAGGGCCUGAAUCAGCCAUCAAACAAGAGCCUGGGGAAGAUCCUGGAGUCAGGGCUGAAGUUCAUGGCAGCACGGAUCCACCAGCUGGAGCCCUGGCGAGCCAGCCUGCUCUUAAUUCAGGCCCUCACAAAGCUGGCUGGCCUCAGCUGCUGCACUACCCAACUUUUUGCAAGCUCCUGGGGCUGGCAGCCAUCAUUAAUCAAAAGCCCCCCAGGCUCUGAGCCCUCCAAGACUCAGGGCCAAAAACGAUGUGGGCGAGGACGUCAGCAGGUAGCCUCUGCUCCCCUCCUCCAUACCUCUCACAGAGGCCCAGAAGGUGGAGGACCACCCUGUACACCUAAGCCCACAGGCCGGGUCAGGCCAGCUGGCCCUCGUGUCCCCUUCACUGUGUUUGAAGAAGUCUACCCUAUGAAGAGCAAGCCCGAGGUUCCCCAGGCCCCCAGAGUUCGGCAGAGGGUCCAGACACGCCUUAAGGUGAACUUCAGUGAUGACAGUGACUUGGAAGACCCUGUCUCCACUGAGGUACUGCUUGUGGAGGAACCUAAGAGACGGGGCACUGCUUCCCGAGGCCGAGGCCGGCCUAGCAAAGGCUUAAGCUUGAAGACAGAUGCAGUGGCUGCCCCUGGUAGUGGCCCUGUGAGUGGUAGGAGUCGGAGAACCAAGAAGGUGGCAUCAAGACAUUAUGAAGAGCAGGGUUCCCAGACAGCCCUUUGUGGCCAGGCCAAGCUAGGCCCUGAGAUCAUGAGGACCAUCUCUGAGGAGGAACUGACUAACAACUGGAUGGAAAUGAGCUUUGAGACCCUCAGGGGCUCUGAUGGGAAAGAUUCAGCCUCAGGUGGGAAGGCACCAGCUGCAGGUGCUGAUCCCCCCAUAGGAGAAUGUGAGGUGCUGAGACGGGAUUCCAGCAAGGAAGAGCUGCCUUUCCUGGGUUCAGGCAGUGAGAGCAACAGGGACCACAGUCCUUGGCUCCAGCCCCCCACAGUGUCCCUAGCCAUUGGUUCUUCUACCGUGGAUUCCCUGUGUGACUCCCUGAGCAUUGCUUUCCGCGGGGUUAGUCACUGCCCUCCUAGUGGGCUCUAUGCCCACCUCUGCCGCCUCCUGGCCUUGUGCCUGGGCCACCUUGAUCCCUAUGCCACUGCCUUCCUCGUUGCUGAGUCUGUGUCCAUUACUUGUCGCCACCAGCUGCUCACCCACGUCCACAGACAGCUCAGCAAGGCCCAGAAGCAUCAAGGAUCACUCAAACUGGCAGACCAGCUACAGGGGUUGAGCCUCCAGGAUGCGCCUGGUGAUGUCCCUGCGGCCCGCAUCCAGCGACUCUUUUCCUUCAGGACGUUGGGAUCUGGCCCCUUCCCCCAGCCCGAGAAACAACGUUUCCAGGAGGACCUGGCUCUGCUCCCCAGUGGGGUGACUGUCUGUGUGUUGGCCCUGGCUGCCCUCCAGCCUGGAACUGUGGGCAACACCCUGCUGCUGACGCGACUGGAAAGGAACAACCCCCCAGUCACUGUGCAGAUUCCCACCACCCAGAGCAAGCUUCCUCUGAGUUCAGCCCUGAGAGAAUUUGACGCCAUCCAGAAGGACCAGAAAGAGAACAGCAGCUGUACUGACAAGCGAGCCUGGUGGACGGGCCGCCUGGCCCUGGACCACAGGAUGGAGGACCUCAUCAUUUCCCUGGAGAAGCAUGCAUUGAGCUGCUGGCGGGGGCUGCUGCUGCCCUCCAGUGAGGAGCCUGGCCCUGCACAGGAGGCCUCCCGCCUGCAAGAGUUGCUGCAGGACUGUGGCUGGCAGUAUCCUGACCCCACUCUGCUGAAAGUCUUGCUCAGUGGUGCUGGUACCCUCACAACCCAGGACAUUCAGGCUCUGGCCUACGGGCUGUGCCCAACCCAGCCAGAACGAGCCCAAGAGCUCCUGACUGAGGCAGUCGGGCAUCUACAGGGCCAGACAGCACCAAGCAAUAAGCACCUUGUCUUGGUGCUGGACAAGGACCUACAGAAGCUGCCGUGGGAAAGCAUGCCCUGUCUUCGAGAACUGCCUGUCACCCGGCUGCCCUCCUUCCACUUCCUGCUGAGCUAUUCCAUCAUCAAAGAGGCUGGGGCCUCACCAGUGCUGAGCCAAGGGGUGGAUCCGCAGAGCACCUUCUAUGUCCUGAACCCUCACAACAACCUGUCAAGCACAGAGGAGCAAUUUCGAGCCAAGUUUAGCAGUGAAGUUGGCUGGAGAGGGGUGGUCGGGGAGGUGCCAAGCCCAGAACAGAUGCAGGCAGCCCUGACAGAACAUGACUUAUACAUAUAUGCAGGGCACGGGGCUGGUGCCCGCUUCCUUGAUGGGCAGGUGGUCCUGCGGCUCAGCUGCCGGCCAGUAGCCCUGUUGUUUGGCUGCAGCAGCGCAGCCCUGGCUGUGCAUGGAAACCUGGAAGGGGCUGGCAUCGUGCUCAAGUACAUCAUGGCUGGCUGCCCCCUGUUUCUGGGUAAUCUCUGGGACGUGACUGACCGUGACAUUGACCGCUACACAAAGGCUCUUCUGCAGGGCUGGCUCGAAGCAGGCCCAGGGGCCCCUCUUCUCUACUAUGUCAGCCAGGCCCGCCAGGCUCCCCGACUCAAGUAUCUUAUUGGAGCUGCACCCAUAGCCUACGGCUUGCCUGUCUGCCUGCGGUAACACACGGAGCUAUCUUACUGCUGGUAGAAACCAUGUGACUGUUCUACCCCCAAAUUUAGAUUUCACCCUCAGGAUAAAUAUUUUAAAGUUAUUUUCCCCUUGUGUUUUAUAUGAAGUAUUUCCUUUCAGUUU